AUGGAAUACGUAGGAGUUCUACCAGCGCCGGAAGAUGUCAUACCACCAGCAAACAUACCUGUCUUUGGAAUCCUGGCGGAAAAUACAGCAGAACCGGGACAGUGCUAUUUCUGUUUCGAAGAAAUUAAUGGAAACGAGCUACUGGCGAUGACAAUGCAUUGCUGCCAACAAAAAGCCCACUGUCGGUGUCUCCAGAUGUGGGCGACACAUUACAUUGGAACAGAUAUCGAAACCGUACGGGGCGGGUACUGCAGAGCACCAUUCCCGGACAAGGAACUCUGUUAUCUGUGUCUACAAAACAAAAUCACCGGACAAGAAUUGAAGAAAACCCGAUGCUGUCAAACAACAAUCCACAAGAAGUGUACGGAAAUCCUAAACGAAAUACUGGCAAACUUGACAUUCGAUUUCUCGCUAGAAUGUGGCGAAUUAACCUUCUGCGGAUGUGUCUGGCACAAACUCUAA